AUCUGCCGAGCCGUUUCUUUGUAAUUUGGUUUCUGUGAUACUUAUACAAAGCAAUAAAAUGGAGAACUACACAUCAGAUAGUAGUGAUAGUGAUCAUAUCGAAGAGCAUACAAUAGAUUUAUCAUAUUAUAUAAUAAAUAAUACCUUAGUGGAAGAAAACCUAAUUCAUCAGUCCGAGAAGUCUUUGGGUUUGAUAAAAAUUAUCAAAUUAAAUCACAACAAUCUACCUGUGGUUCCAAUUGCAUUGACAAAGUAUACAAAUCUAAAAGUAUUAGAUCUGAGCAAUAAUUGUCUCACUAGCUUACCAGAUUUACUUCAACAUUGUCCCCUGGACAAGUUGAUUGUAAAGAAUAACCUUAUAACAAAUGAAGGCCUACCAAAAACAUUUACAAGGAACUCUAUGAUAAAAGAAAUUAAUUUGAGUGGGAAUCGUUUGUCCAGUUUUCCAGAGCAAUUAUUAGAAUUAAAAGAACUGAAAUAUUUGUAUUUGGGAGCAAAUGAAAUUCCCAGCAUUUCCAAAGAUAUUUGGAGACUCGACAAUUUGAACAUUUUGUCAAUGGGAAGUAAUCGCUUGACGGAAGUUCCUGAAUCUGUUGGUCUGUUGAAACAUUUGAGAGCAUUAAUUCUGAGUGAUAAUAUUAUACACAAUUUACCAUCGAGCAUUGCAAAUCUCAAACAUUUGAAAACUCUUUCGUUACAUAAAAACCAACUCAGGACUUUACCUACUGAAAUUAUUACGCUUAAAUGUCUCUCUGAGUUGAGUCUCAGAGAAAAUCCGUUGGUUGUUCGAUUCGUGCAUGAUAUGACAUUAGCUCCAGCCUCUUUGCGAGAGCUAUCUGCACGAGUUGUAAAAAUCAACAAAAUGGUCUGUGGUCCAAAAGACUUACCAAGAACUCUUCUAGAGUAUUUGGACAGUGGUCAUUGUUGUGUUAAUCCUAAAUGCGAAGGUGUGUUUUUUGAUAACCGCGUAGAACAUGUAAAAUUUGUGGACUUCUGUGGCAAGUAUCGUGUUCCUUUACUUCAA